GAACUCAUCUGGUUCUGCAGCUCCUCCUCUCUGCAGAGCAAAGUGACAUCCUCCAUUCAAACACAUCCAAACAAAACUCCGCAGGAUGAGACUAAAUUCUCUGCUAUUCCGCCGCUGAUCAUCACUUCGCUCCCAUCCAAAAGGAAAAGUGACAGUGGGAAACUGAGUCGAUUUCAAUCGUUUAAAGAGACGUAAAAAUAGCGAAAUUAAAAGUGGAUAAGAGUUUCCGCUCCGUCGCUACUCCAACAGACUGCAAACAUGGCGAGCGCCUCGUACCAUAUCUCUAAUCUAUUGGAAAAAAUGACAUCAAGCGACAAGGAUUUCAGAUUCAUGGCCACCAACGACCUGAUGUCGGAGCUGCAGAAAGACUCCAUCAAGCUGGACGAUGACAGUGAACGCAAGGUGGUCAAGAUGAUCCUCAAGCUACUGGAAGACAAAAACGGAGAGGUCCAGAAUCUAGCCGUCAAAUGCCUGGGCCCGUUGGUCAGUAAGGUGAAGGAGUACCAGGUGGAGACUAUAGUGGACACCCUGUGUACCAACAUGCUGGCAGACAAGGAGCAGCUCCGAGACAUCUCCAGCAUCGGACUGAAGACGGUCAUAGGAGAACUACCCCCUGCGUCCAGCGGCUCGGCCCUGGCUGCCAGUGUGUGUAAAAAGAUAACAGGCCGUCUGACCAGUGCCAUCGCCAAGCAGGAGGAUGUGUCAGUUCAGCUGGAGGCUCUGGACAUCAUGGCUGACAUGCUCUGCAGACAGGGUGGUCUCCUGGUGAACUUUCACCCCUCCAUCCUGUCCUGCCUGCUUCCUCAGCUGACCAGCCCCCGCCUGGCGGUGAGGAAGAGGACCAUCAUCGCUCUGGGUCACCUGGUCAUGUCCUGUGGGAACCUGGUGUUUGUGGACCUGAUUGAACACCUGCUGUCAGAGUUGUCUCGUAACGACUCCAUGUCCACCACCCGUACCUACAUUCAGUGUAUCGCAGCCAUCAGCAGACAGGCCGGACACAGGAUCGGUGAGUACUUGGAGAAGAUCAUUCCUCUGGUGGUGAAGUUCUGUAACAUAGACGACGAUGAGCUGAGAGAAUACUGCAUCCAGGCCUUCGAGUCCUUCGUCAGGAGGUGUCCAAAGGAGGUUUAUCCACAUGUGGGCACUGUCAUUAGCAUCUGUCUGAAGUAUUUAACCUACGACCCCAACUAUAACUACGAUGACGAGGAUGAAGAUGAGAAUGCCAUGGAUGCUGACGGAGCAGACGAAGACUAUCAAGGAAGUGAUGACGAGUACAGCGACGACGACGACAUGAGCUGGAAGGUUCGCCGUGCGGCCGCCAAGUGUCUGGACGCCGUGGUCAGCACACGCCACGAGAUGCUGCCGGAGUUCUACCGGACCGUGUCGCCCGCGCUCAUCGCCCGCUUCAAGGAGCGGGAGGAGAACGUGAAGGCUGACGUGUUCCAUGCCUACCUGUCGUUGCUGAAGCAGACACGUCCUGCUCAGAGCUGGCUGUGUGACCCAGAUGCCAUGGAACAGGGAGAGACUCCACUCACCAUGCUGCAGAACCAGGUGCCAAUGAUCGUUAAGGCCCUGCAUAAGCAGAUGAAGGAGAAAAGUGUCAAAACAAGACAGUGCUGCUUCAACAUGCUGACGGAGCUGGUCAACGUGCUGCCUGGAGCCCUCACACAACAUAUCCCUGUCCUCGUACCAGGAAUCAUCUUCUCUCUCAACGACAAGUCCAGCUCGUCCAACCUGAAGAUCGACGCCCUGUCCUGUCUGUAUGUGGUCCUGUGUAACCACCAGCCCCAAGUCUUCCACCCUCAUGUCCAGGCCCUGGUGCCGCCCGUGGUGGCGUGUGUAGGAGACCCCUUCUAUAAGAUCACCUCUGAGGCCCUGCUGGUCAGCCAACAGCUGGUCAAGGUCAUCAGACCUCUGGACCAGCCGGAGAGGAACACCUUCGAUGCUUCUCCCUACAUCACUGACCUCUUCACCUGCACCAUCAAACGCCUCAAGGCCGCCGACAUCGACCAGGAAGUGAAAGAGAGGGCCAUUUCCUGUAUGGGUCAGAUCAUCUGUAACCUAGGAGACAGCCUGGGGGACGACCUCCCUGGGACGCUGCACAUCUUCCUGGAGCGACUGAAGAAUGAGAUUACCAGACUGACCACGGUCAAGGCCCUCACACUCAUCGCAGGCUCCACGUUGAAGAUCGACCUUCGACCUAUCCUCGACGAGGCGGUGCCCAUCCUGGCUUCGUUCCUGCGUAAGAACCAGCGGGCGCUGAAGCUGAGCACCCUGGCCGCGCUGGACAUCCUGGUGAAGAACUACAGCGACAGCGUGACUCCGGCCAUGAUCGACGCGGUGCUGGCCGAGCUACCUCCGCUGAUCAGCGAGAGCGACAUGCACGUGUCCCAGAUGGUCAUCAGCUUCCUGACCACCCUGGCCCGGGUCCACCCUCUCUCCCUGGCUAAGAUCGGGGGGUCGUCCAUCCUCUCGGAGCUCAUCUCUCUGGUCAGGUCUCCUCUGCUGCAGGGAGGGGCCCUCAGUGCCAUGCUAGAGUUCUUCCAGGCUCUGGUGGGUACAGGGACAUCCUCUCUGGGUUACAUGGACCUGCUCCGUAUGCUGACCGGUCCAGUCUACGCCCAGAGUGCUGCUCUAACGCACAAACAGUCCUACUACUCCAUCGCUAAAUGUGUGGCCGCCCUGACCCGUGCCUGUCCUGAUGAGGGUCCUGCCGUGGUAGGCCAGUUCAUCCAGGAUGUGAAGAACUCUCGGUCGACAGACUCCAUCAGGCUGCUGGCUCUGCUGUCACUGGGAGAGGUGGGACACCACGUAGACCUGAGCGGCCAACCGGAGCUCAAGACGGUCAUCCUGGACGCCUUCUCUUCCUCCUCCGAAGAGGUCAAGUCUGCCGCAUCCUACGCCCUGGGAUCCAUCGCCGUGGGCAACCUGCCGGAAUACCUGCCCUUCGUUCUGGGGGAGAUCUCGGGACAGCCCAAGAGGCAGUACCUGCUGCUACACUCACUCAAAGAGAUCAUCAGCUCGGCGUCUGUGACUGGUCUGAAACCCUACGUCGAGGGAGUAUGGACCCUGCUGUUGAAGCACUGUGAGUGUGCCGAGGAGGGCACCAGGAACGUGGUCGCAGAAUGUCUGGGGAAACUCACCCUCAUAGACCCAGAAACCCUGCUGCCCAGGCUUAAAGGAUACCUGCUCUCAGGAUCAUCUUAUGCAGGCUAUGUGACAGCAGUGAAGUUCACCAUCUCAGACCACCCACAGACAAUAGACCCUUCCUGA